AUGAGUCCUUCCAUAUCGAAAAUAUGCGUCAGCUGUAAAGGACUGGGAAAACGAGACUGUGACGGAACAUCCCCCUCGUGUUCUAACUGUGUUCAGGUUUUACAGCCAUGCUGCUACAAAGUUGAGGCCGAUAGAAGACGUCGAAAAUACCAAGCAAGUUACAUUUUCCAGCUGCAAGAAAAGGUCAACAAGUUAGAAAGCCAUCUUUCGUUAUCAACCCAACACACCUUAUGUGACGAACUUACUCCUCCUCCCGAAAAUCCGGCAAAAUACAGAAAGAAGCUGAACAAAAUAGAUCAAUCAGCAAAUGAGUCAGUUUUUGCUAAAAUAUUCGGUGAAUGUUUGGAGUUCAAGGGUCGCCAUGACAGCGCUUCUAGAGACCUUCUAUCGAAAGAAGAAUUCGAGUAUGGCUUCUCGGACCUGGAGGUUUUGCACGUUGCAAAUAGUUUCAAAUUCGGAUUGAUUGAACUAACUCGCGAUAACAGCUUCCAAGUGCCUUAUGUCCUCCGACUUUCUUUGUCUGAGAUAGAGGAGUGGGAUUUUAUGGCUGAUUUCAUACCUUCGCAUCGGCUGGUCAUAUGUUCAAUGUUUGGAAUCGCUGCUCUCUAUUCCGAUUUGUCAAAUGCGCACAAGUUCAGCAAAAUAUUCAUCAAUCAAGCAGCCAACAUUGCUAGACAGGCAUUCAUGCUCGAACCAGACAGGUUUCUUGUUCAAGGGUUACUACUUUUGUCAUCUUAUGAAAUGGGAAUGGGUUCUGACAGAUCGUCUUACAUGUACAGUUCUAUGGCAUGUAAUAUCUUAGAACAUAUGGGUUACCAUGCUCAAAGUGAUAGCUCAAGUUCCAAAAACAAUGAGGCCGCAAAUCUCGAUUCCGCAUUGUUUUGGUCCGUAUGCUUGCAAGACAGAAUCAUCUCCACAAAAUUGGGUCUUCCAGCAUGUCUUCAUUAUAAGCGAGUUGCAACACCAUUUUAUCAAGUUCAAGGAUCUGCUGCAGACGGAAAAUCGUAUAUUUGCGAACUCUCGUUUAGUUACACGACGCGGUUAUGGUACAUCCUUGAUAGGUUUCAGGAUCAGAUCUUUGCCUCGCAACACGAUGUGGGAGACUCACAGGAGCAUGUCAAACUACAUGAUACAGCAGAGCUUUGUUUUAAGGACAUAAAGUCUUUGCUACCACCGCUAUUAAAGAAACGCAAUAUCCCUGAAGAUCCCUCCGUUAUUUAUUACCACAUGUGCCAUUUCGCUUGCUUGAUCUUACUUGAAAGCACUUUCGUCAAACAAUUUCCAGUGACUGGUUCAAGGAAAUGUAUACUGGCAGCAAAUGAAAUCUCAAGGCUUAUUGAGGAAUUGUUUGACUCCGGUCAGAUCUAUAUGACAUCAUACCACUUUGGGUUCAUUUGUUAUUUGGCGGCCACGGUGCAUCUUUCAUUAUACAUUGUGCUAUCUCAAAAACAACGAAGCAUAUUAGUCCGUUGCAAGAGUUGUUUCAAAGCCUUGGAAAUAAACGGUUUGAAAUGGAAAGGAUCAUUGGAAUAUUUGAGAAUGUUGAACCAGUUUGCUGAAGCUAAUGAGGUUACAAUCGAGGAACCUCAGAAUGAUAUGCGCCUUGGUUGGCUGGAGAUUAGACAACCGUAUACGGGAUCUAUUCUUGACGAAUUUGACCAGAGAGUUCCUCAAACAUGUUGA